GCUUAUGCAGGUCGAUAUUAAUCGCAACACACACGCACACACACACGCACGGGCGCGCGCGCACCUCUCCUCCCUCCACAUGUACCAGAAGCUCAGCUCUGUAUGCAAACGAGAAGCGACGAAAGGGGGCGGAGCGCCGGCAUAUCCACGCGCGCGCGACUCGACUCGACUCGACUCCCGCCUGUCUGUGGAUGGGAUCUGGAACGAGCGCGCGAGACACUCGGCAAGCGGGCCGUGGGAGCAGCGCGAGGAGCGCGCGAGCAAGUGACUUUCCAGCAAACUUCGAUGGACCAGAGCGCUGCUCGAGCACGCGAGACUGAGGAAAGGCGCACGUGCUCGAAACUUGACGGAAUGUAACGGAUUCGGGUUGGUUUAUCUGAGAGGCGUGUGUGUGUGUGUGUGUGUGUGUGUGUGUGUGUGGAGGCAUGGCGGAGAGAGCGCGCGUCUGAAUGAACGGAGUAUUCCGACAUGCCCGAGGAUGUUGCGUUCAUUAGGAACCGGACAGAAGCGGUGCAGGGUCGCGCGUGGGGCGCUGAGGUGUUGGCUGGAGGAGGAGGAGGAGGAGGAGGCGGCGGCGGCGGCGCGCGACUGGGACCGACAUGGCAAGUGGCUGUGCUCGCGAGCGUGUUGAUCUUCACGAGCGUGGGGGACGUGCUGGGAAACACGCUGGUCAUCGUGUCCGUGCUCAGGAACCGAAAACUGAGGAACGCAGGUAAUGCGUUUGUCGUGAGCCUGGCGUUGGCAGAUCUGUUGGUGGUGUGUUACCCGUACCCGCUGGUCCUUCACGCGCUGCUGCACUCCGGCUGGCUGCCCGGCGAGACAGAGUGUAAAGUGAGUGGCUUUCUCAUGGGCGCCAGCGUCAUCGGCUCUGUCUUCAACAUCACAGCUAUUGCCCUCAACCGCUACUGCUUCAUCUGCCACGCCCGCACUUAUGCCAAAGUGUAUGGCCGCCGUGGCACGCUGGCUCUAAUCAUGCUUGUGUGGGCUCUAACGGGCGUCGCCAUACUGCCAAAUCUCGCACUGGGGUCACUGACCUAUGAUCCUCGUGUGUAUUCUUGCACUUUUAGCCAAACUGCGAGCGCCGGUUACACCUUCGCCGUGGUUUUCGUUCAUUUCCUGUUUCCCAUUGCCAUCGUAACAUUCUGCUAUGCACGAAUUUGGAUGCUAGUGCUAAACGUGAGACGGCGAGUGGCUAGCGACACGAGGCCCCGCCUCCGGCCAAGUGAGGUCCGCCAUUUCCUCACCAUGUUCGUCGUCUUUGUGCUAUUCGCCGUCUGCUGGGCACCGCUCAAUCUGAUUGGCCUAGCUGUCGCCAUGGAUCCACCCAGAGUGGCGCCAUUGGUUCCCGAUUGGCUCUUUGUGGUCAGCUAUUUUAUGGCGUAUUUCAACUCGUGCCUCAACGCUGUUGUAUACGGGCUGCUCAAUCAGAACUUCCGGCGCGAGUAUCGAUGCAUCCUGAUGUCACUCUGCAAGCCCCGCCUCUUUCUGCAGGAAACGUCAAGGGGUGGAACAGAGCGAAGCAACAAGCAAUCACAGGGUAACAACAACAACGAGCAGGCGAAAGCCGAUACUACUUAACGAUCCAGGAAUAUCCGUACAAUCCGUUCAAACUUUCCAAACAAAAAGGGCAUGAAAGAGAACUUGACACGAUACACUUUAAAGAUACACGUUAGCAAUACAGCGUUAGACAUUGCGUAUAGGAUAAUUCACAUGGACACAAUGAGAGAGUGGGACAGGAAGUUAGCAACACCAUUCCAAUAACAAAGGCAUAAAAUUCAGCAUUAUACACUGUUCAAUACUGUUACCGUGAAAGAUGGUGGAAACAAACCUAGCUAAAGCAAAUUCACUAACGCAGAACCAAUUUCUAGUUAAAAAAAGCCUCAAUUAAAGAAACUGCAAUCACAAAAUAACACCAAUACAUUAAACUGCCAUGUUACAAACUGCUUCAAACAAUCUUAGGCUAAUAUUUUGCAAAUGGUUCUUUGCGCUACUAUACAAAUAUUAUACUCAAAGCCAAGCGCUCUGAACAAAACAUUCGGAACAGACAGAAUUUAACAUCCUACAGUGUUUCAAUACUAACAUUACAACACAACAGUAGCUAACUCAUCCAUCGCAACGCUAGACACGAGUCUAUAUAGCUACCCGAGCUUUCUGAUCAAAAAAAUUCAGUUAAAAAUAGUCAGAAAAUUCAACGUAGCUAUGAUCGAAUUAAGAAGAAAGGUAGUUUUCCUUCCAAAUAUAAUAUUGAACAAAAGAGCAUCAAUAAUGCUACACUAACAGCUACGACAUUAGCUAUGCCUAACAUCCAUCUCACCAAUCAAAGGCAGACUAUUUAACUCAGUUGUAGUAAUUAAAAAAUGCCAAAUUAAAAAUUUAAGAAGUUAUAACAGUUCCAUUUCAGUUCCUCCGAUUCAACAAACCCAUAAAAAACAUUGCUAAUCAACUGUAGCUACAGUUUUCUUCUUAACAGCAACACAAUGCUGAGAGCCAACGUGUAAAACGCUUUGUUAGCAUCGCACAAUUGCUCAUGUGUCAUUUGUCGGUGUACGAGUCUUUGACUUGCUGGGAAUCCGUAAAGCAAAAGCCCAGGCAUUGUAUUUGCAGGAAAAGAAAAAAGAGAGUGCGAGCCAUUUUUCCCGUCUCUGCAUUACAGCGAUGUUGUUUUACUACAGCAGCUGCACUUUACAGGCCAAACGCGACCCUUAAAAGACUCCAUUUUAUGAGCAUUUUUCACGUCCUCUGAGUCCUGACCUUUUUCUUGGUUCCUGUAAACCUCUAGUCAGUUGCACGAAGGUUUAAGGUACUUGAAGACUACAUUAAACUCAAUUCAACAGAAGAAAUCGUGUUGAAACAGUGAAACAGUUGCGUCCCAAUGCUGUAAUUGUUGUUUCUUUUGGGUGUGAAUGCUACAGUAAUGGAUCUCCAGGGAUGACGCAUUAAUUUUUAACAAGCUCAGUCGUUGGAACAUCGAACACUCUUAUACAACAUCGAACAUACGGUGCAAGCGUAAGCUGACGCUCAUUGUUGCGCACGAUACACUGGCAAUAAAAAUUAGCAACUUUUAGCAACCUACAAAACUGUGACCGUUUCAAGUAGCUCAAGGGAUUGAGAUUUCUAAAAUUAACAGCUAAUUUGAAACUUAGCAUCGUAGAAUGAAUAUAUUAGCUAAGUGAAAUGAACUUAAAGUGUGUAAAGACAUUGGGGUUCAUUUAUCAAUCUUUUAGUUCAGUUGUGUGUAAAUGAUUUUGUAAGCCAAACCAAACAAAACGAUUUGGUAACACUGAUUUUCUUUAUACUUUGUACAAAAUUUACAUUUAAUGUGACAACCACUACCAAAAAUUCCAUACAAGGCUGAAACCCAAAAUGACAACUAAAUGGUGAAAGAGCGCCUCCUAUGUGCAGUGUGUAUUAAAGCUCAGCCAUUGCAGUAUGCUGGCUACACACAAUAACACUUCCUCCUUUUAUAGGGCGCCAUUACUUUUGUCCUAAUUGCAUGGCUAGUCUUAUUUGUCUUAAUUAAUUGCAUUAAUUAGGUCAUUCAUAUGAAACAACCAUGUUUUACAAGAUUUUCAUUAAAUUUGCGUUUGUAACUGAAAUAAAUAAGUGAUUUAAAUUUAACGCAAUCCGAAUAUAAAUUGCAGUAACUCAUCGCCAAUUUUAAAAUUAAGCAUUAGUGAAUACAAAAAAUUUACGCAAACUCAGGAGAUCUCGUAGGAUACGAUCGUUAUCCAGAACUAACUGGAUUUUCAUAAAUACCACAGUUCUUGUGUAAAUGAUCCUGCCAGCGAUUUAUGCAUAAAUUAUUUUGAAAAGGCGCUAUUGUAGGAAAAGCUGCACUUUAAAAUCAUAAAAUAAUUUGCUAGCAGUGUUGCUUUAAAAUUCUCUUGUGUAUUUUAUGUAUAAUUCUUCAUUUAGUAGUACUUCUGUUACUUUAUUUUACCCUAAUGGUGGGGAAACUGUGUUGUAACUAAGGGAUAAAUGCACUCCUGGCACUGUUUUAACCCUUCAGCAACAUUUAAAUUAUAUUUACCCCAGGGAUCCAAUCAUUUUAUACGACUUCUGCAGCAUUAGCACUUCGGCUAGUGAGGAAACGAAAGAGAAACGCCAGCUGGUGUAUUAGCAUUCAUUCCCCACAGCGCCUUUCCAUAUUCCGUAGCUGAAAUUCUGCAUGAGCGCUGUGUAAAGCUGAACUCAGCACUUAAAAUCAGUUCUGUAAUGUUUGCUCACAAUUUCUAGCUAGCAAAAAAUUCUUAAAUGCUACAAAGAACAUUUACUGCUUAUUUCUGCAUAAACUUCAAGACCCACAUUGAGAAUAAAUAACAAUGAAUUAGCAAAAACAGCAUUUUACACAACGUCACAGCAGAAAAAGUGUUAAACCACAAGAAAUGACGCAAUCAUCUGACAUAAAAUGCUAGUUUAAUUCUGCUAAUCAUAAUCACACACAAAUCUUUCAUCUUAGCCAAAAAAUGUUUUAUUUUACAUUAGUCUGGAUAAUCUGAAUAAUGAAAUUAUAAAUAAAAGGUUUAUAUGCUAGUAAAAUAAAUUGGAAAUGUUCAGGAAUAGCAAUUAAUUGUGCAAUAAUUAAAAUUGAGAAAUUGGAAAUUAAUUCAGUAUUAAAUAUCAUACCUCAGCGUUGCAGUUCCAUUCUGCUUUAAAAACAGCAUUGGAAAAACGUUUGUUUUAAAAUGUCUAUAACCUACUUCUAUAAGUGUGUGUUUGUGUGUCAGGUUUCAUUUUAAAUACUGGGACCACAGGAGCACAUACAAAGUAGGGACUUUUGAAAAGCAUAGCUAAUCCUUACACACACAUUUUGUAUAUAUAUAAUAUAUAUAUAUAUAUAUAUAUAUCUCCAUGUGUGUGUGUCAGCAAAGACUAUGAACUGUGAACUCUUAACUCUUUUUAUGUAAAUGUGCCUGAUGUUCAAAAGCCUCAAACAUGUCACAUCUGCAAAGCAAAUUUCAUAAAUGCCUCAAAUUUACUAAAUUACAUAAAUUUAUUACAUCUGUUUAAGCCUCAAAGUCAAACCAGUUAAACUGUGUUUAAACUUUUGCAACAGUAUAGCUGUUGGAAAGACACACUUUUAGGACUGAACUGAGUGAAGUGUAAUAUGUAUAUAUAAAAAAACUUCAAUUUUAAUGAACUAAUGAAAUGUGUUGUUAAAAUUAUGUACGCUGUUGUGUAUUAUGUUUUAAUAUGUUUUAAGGAUUCUUGGAAGGAUUGGAAGGAUUGAAAGGAUUCUGGUAUAUUUGGAAGAAAAUGGCCCUGAUGUGUCCCUAAUAUGAAGUACAUAUGUUAUAUAUGUUGUGUGCGUUUUCUAGCAGAAACAGCAUUUCAAUUUCUAAAGAAUGAACUAUUUAAAUGCUUAUUGUAUGUCAGUGAAAACUCAAAACAAAACGAUUUAUCAAAUAGAAAUGAUGUUGUCUUAAAUAGUAGGCUUUUAUUAACUUCAAUUUCCAACAAGACACCACAGAUAUGUUUUUUUUUAAAAAAAAAAACUGGAUGUUGAAAUCCAUCUAAAUUCAAUUUUCAGACUUUUACAACUCCCAACUUGAUGUUUCGAUACUGUUUUCACUGCGCCCUCAUGAACUCCCCUUAUCACUCAGAAGUACGUAUCAGCUACUGCACACGAUUGUAGAACUUUGUAGUCAAUUUCUAUUAAAGGAGGAGUCUGAGAAAUAAAACCAUUUUGAAGUGUAGCAAAUUAGACAAUAUAUGUAAAAAUUUCACUGCUUUACACCUAUAAACAAAGUUCAAAUUUGGGGUUUUUAUAAAGAAAUUGUCUCAUUUUGCAGAAAAAGUUGUAAAAUUAACGUCAGUUGAAUUUAUUGACAACAAACUUCACCUCAUAAAGAAAUGGAAAAACACUGAUGUUUGCUGUGUUUGUGUAAACGAAGGGAAGUCGAUGAGGGCAUAUUGGAAUACAAGUCUUAGUAAAAAGGUCCUCAAAUAGAGUGGUAACUUGUACAACGUCUAAAAUGAAGCCUUGUGGGUGAAUUUAAAAGCACAACCAGACUGAUGUUAGGAAACUUUCUUCAGUCUCUCAAGAAUAUCUUAGUAACAAAUUUUUGUCACACCAGUGUGUAAGUCUAUGCAUUAAACUCAUCUCACCAUCUGUCAAUAUGAUAACUGGUUAACUCUGUGUCUUAGUGUCCUAAGCAAGUAUUCAAGUGUCCUAGUGUGUAUCGAGAGAAUUUUAUACCUGUGCUUAUGAUUCUUUGCAGUGUUGUAGCAAUACUUCGAAAGCAUUUUAAUAAAUGCUAAUAAUGCUUAGUAAAGCUUGGGUAAAGCAUUAUGAUGUGACAUAACAGCGACAUAAACAUCACUGUUUUAAGUGUCCUAAUAACUUUAUUUAAAUUUUCUGAUUAACA